CGGGUUGUGUUUUAGUUUUCCAUCGAUUGAGAUCCUAUCUUAGAAUGAAGGCGUAUGAAGGAGUUCCUUCUGCCGUAACUAACUUCAGGUUGAAUAUUUACUGCAGUGGUAGUGCUAGUGUAACUGCGAUCAGGACUAGAGAUCGUGCUGUUCACGCUGAAGAAGCUUGACGCUAGGCUAGUCACCAUUCGAGUGUGGACAGCGAGCAAGCUUUACUCUCGUAGUGCUGCAGUAACCAUGUACCAAGUCUUCCGACUGGAGAGUGUAGCAGCUAUAAUUAUUUGAAAAUUCAAACAGAACUUCUUUGCUAGCGCUCGGCCUGACCGCUGUAGUUCUGCAGCUGGGCAUGCAGUAAGAAUCGCCUAAAAUCAGCUACGACCGAACUGGCGACAGCACGUCACUGCGGACCGGUGCGUGCCUCCAUUCAGUCAUUGCCAGAUCAAACACCACCCAGUCGUGUGACUGUCUUACAUAAUGUCAUUGGAUUAGUAUUCGAUGUUCAGACUCAGAGGCGAGCUGUCGGAGUAGACUAGUAGAACUGAAGUCCCUUUUCACUGAAGACGAUCAAGUCCACUACGAUUCAGUGCACCAGCGCAGAAGAAUUUAACGUAGCCGAGUCAGUCUUGCACUGCAAGUCGUUUGCUGAUAAGCUGAGCAGGAAGCCUGGUGUCAUUGCUUCUCCUCGCCCAGGUCAAAGCUGUAUUCGCUAGCUGGAUAGGAUUGACCACCGUCUGGGCUGCCUGUGUCGGAGUGGCCACCCCUGCUAGCCUGGACUGUGUACUAGGACAAGCACCACCGUAGUAGUCUUGAUCACCAGUAUGGAUAACGUAGCAGAAUUCGUCUCUGACACUAAGUCUCAGCUGACAUCUAGAUUGACGAACAACGAUAUCAUCAGCAUUUGGGAGUAUGUCAGCCAGUUUGUUGAGCAGCAACUGCUCGCAGAAAAGGGUGUGUCGAUCAAGAACCUCGGUACAUUCACGUUCUCCCGCAAGUCACUUCACAUUGGGAAUGGCAUGCUCUCUGUGCAACGGCCAAUUUUCAACCUAUCUCCUCAACUCAUGCAAUCAUAUGGUCUCUCCGCCACAAAACACUUCACAUCAGGUGAUGUUCCUGUUGUUCCACUCAACCUGUCGUCCGUGGCGUCAGAUAGUCCCUAUUCGCGCACAACCAUUCAAGAAGUGGUGGAGCUGAUUGUGCGCGAGAUACCCAGGGCGCUUCACAAGGGAAAGAAAGUAGAUCUGCUGAUGAACGGAGUUGGACGAUUGCGUAUCUGUAACCGCGACGCCAAGUUCCGAUUCUUCCGCGAGUUUCUGAACACGCUCGACAGCUCUGGGAAAACGGAGCAAGUCUUUAGACUGGACACACGUGGCAGUGUGGCUGAUCCCAGCGUAAUGUCUCGCAAUCACGCUUCUACCGUGCCAUCCAGGUCCACUAGCAGCACGGUUGUCUUACCAAGGCUGGUAUCCGGUGUGGGUGGUGGUUCAUCAUUGACAUCAGCAAGACGUUCAAGAGAUGUUCACGGCAUCAUUCCGGAGGGCGUAUCAGAGCAAUCAGAAGAUGACACCAGCCAAGAGGAUCAGGAUGAUAAUGAUGAUGAUGGAGCAGACGGACGCCACUCUCCUUCAGCACGGCUACCGGCAGCUGACGAUCGCAAGUCAUCAGGUCCCAGCUCACCCGGCAGUGAUGGCUCAGCUGUUAGCCUGCUACCAGACAUCAGAGAGCAGUCGCAAGCGGCAAGCAGUUGUUCUCACCGGACUGGAACCGGGCAGGACCUGUGUUACUUGUGCCAUCAGCGAGCAAGUCGCAAUGUCCAGCGCGACUUCAAGCAUGAAAUUCGAAAACAGCAAGAAGUCGAUGAUCAGCAAAUAGCCGUGCACAUGCGGAGACAGGACGACUGGUAUCUGGCGAGAGAAAAAGCACGGAUCAUCCAGGCCAGAAACCAUGCAAUAGAGACACACAAGCAUAAUGUACAAGUUGCUAAACACAAACAGGAUGUGAAAGGAACGCGACCAUCGGGUUAUGAGGCAUCGUUUUUGAUGAGAAAUCGUCCACUAUCUCCAUCUCGAACACUGCAGCAAUGUCGAUACGGAGACGAACUGAAAGAGCAGAUGGAUAUCAAUGCGAAGACAUGGGCUGAGAAAGAGCGGCAGCGGACACUGGAUGAGCGGCUGGAACGAAUCCACCUUGCUGACCAAUUGGCAUCGUCGUACAAGGAUUACGUUGAUAAGAGGCAGAAGGAUACCAGCAAGUACCGCCAGUCGUUACGUGAUCAGAUUGAGACCAAUGCGAGAAUAAGAACCGAGCCAGAACAAGUCGGUACCCAAAUGGUCGGUUCUACUGACGAUGACCCGUCAGCCAGUGCAACGGCCAUCAAACGCCAACAAGACCGGGAAGCAGCACAGGCCACCAUGCAAGAACAAUACAUGAUGUCACAGCUCAAAGCCCAGCGCCAGCGCAAAGCUCAGAAAAUUGAAAAGGAGCAUGAACGCAGAAUGCUGAUCAAGGCUCGCAAAGAAUUGAGGUCCGAGUUGGAUCAAGAGUGCCUGGCCAAGUCACAAGCCCAGACUGAGCUCAUCAAGUCCUGGAUGUUAAACAGGCAGGAGAAGGCUCAGCGCGACCGGGAGGAAGAGCUGUCACGGAAGCACCAGUCCACACAUCUACUGGAGCAGUGCAAGGAGUAUGGCCGGUGUAAGCAGUGCCAGCGUGACAAGGCAGUGGCGGCCGGCACAAGCCACGUCUUGAAAGAUGGACGCUAUAUGGCCGGUUUCACAAUGCUGAUGUGAUCUGCAAACAAUGUCUAGAGAGUAUGCAUACAUACACAGUGAUCAUGAUGCUGAUAUUUGGUGAGAGGACAGUCAGGUCAUCAUGCUUUGAGCAAAGUUUGACUGCAAGGACCAAAACCUCCCUGAACCAUGCGUUCCCUCGGAAACGAGAGCCUUUCUUUGUUUUGCGUGUCCCUCUUGUACUCGCUUGUGUUGACAAGUCAAGUAGUUGUGUGGAGCAAAGGAGUGCUGUGCUGUAUGUUGUUUGCUUGGCCAAGUAUAAUUCACACCAUUCCUCAAGUGUAAUGAUAAUAUCUUAGAGGGCGUGUUGCAGAUGUUCCUCUUCUACAUAGUAGCCCGUUCAGUUCGGAGACCUCCUUUCCUAGUCAUGUUUGGUCACAGGACGUCAAAAGUUGCCAGUAGACUCCUCUCAACCAUAGCAUACUGAUUCCUAUAGUGCGUACUUUGUUGACUCACGGUGCUUUCCCAAGUCACACAGGCCGGUGCAAGUAGCCUGUUGAAG